CAGAGUAUAAUCUCAAUGAAAACGUCUACAAUUUCCGACCACCGGUUUCCUUUAGAUUCCCCCCAAUUUUUUCAACGGAAAUAACCCAACCACCCUUCUUUCUAGUUCACAUCGCCGCUGAUCCCCAAUUCUCCACCGCCGCAAAAUGCUGCCCUACGCCUCCAUUCAAGACGCCGAAACCGCCAUCGGCCGAUCACUCACCACCGCUGAAACCUUCUGGUUCAAUUACUCCGCCACCAAAUCAGAUUACUUCCUCUACUGCCACAACAUUCUUUUCCUUUUCCUUGUCUUCACUCUCGUCCCUCUCUUGUACGUUUUCAUCGAACUCGUCUUCUCCAAAAGCAUCCUCCCUUACAAAAUUCAACCCAAAGUUAAAAACUCCUUUGCAGAUAAUCUCAAUUGCUACUUCGAUGUAAUGCGCAUGUUCCUCCUCGUUGUUGGACCUCUUCAACUCGUCUCUUAUCCUUCGAUUCAAAUGAUCGGCAUCCGGACAAGCUUGCCCUUGCCAUCACUAAUGGAGAUCAUAUCUCAGUUGGUCGUUUAUUUUCUUGUUGAAGACUUCACAAAUUACUGGAUCCAUAGAUUUUUACAUGGAAAGUGGGGGUAUGAAAAAAUUCAUAAGGUUCACCAUGAAUAUACAGCACCUAUAGGAUUUGCAGCACCGUAUGCGCACUGGGCCGAGGUUUUGAUACUUGGGAUUCCAUCUUUUCUUGGGCCCGCCAUGGUUCCUGGCCACAUGAUUACAUUUUGGCUGUGGAUUGCUUUGAGGCAGAUCGAGGCCAUUGAGACUCACAGUGGGUAUGAUUUCCCCUGGACUUUCACGAAGUUUAUCCCUUUCUAUGGUGGAGCUGAUUACCAUGAUUAUCACCAUUAUGUCGGAGGACAAAGCCAAAGCAAUUUUGCAUCUGUCUUCACUUACUGUGACUACAUAUAUGGAACAGACAAGGGCUACCGUUACCAGAAAAAAGUCCUGCGACAGUUAAAAGAUGGGCUGAAAAGCGGGGGAAACCAAAAUGACGAAUCUGCACAAGACAUUAAAACCGAGUAGCGAGAGAGCCUUGGUCGGUAUGCUUCUUGUCAUGUAUUGAUUUUUAGAAACCCUUGGUUUUUGUAGGUCAUAUAUAAUUCCAUGUCAUGUGUUAUGGAGGUUUAUAAACUUAAACUUGUGCUAGUUUCUGAAGCUCAUAUCAGUAGCUUAAUUAGUGUAUCUUUAAUGGUCAAUUUGUGCCUUUUUUGGUAGCUC